AGAAGUAAGUAUCAAACGAGUACAAAAAAUGACGUCACUCAACAGCUCUUCAUCACCAACACCAUCAUCAUCAGACCAAUCUGAUGCAACAACUACAACAAGCACCGGCUUGUCCGAAGUAGAAGCUCCACCGAGAAACAACAACACAAGAAAGAGAAGAAGAGAUUCUUCUGCUGCUUCAUCUUCAUCUUCUUUAAAGCAACAUCCUGUUUACAGAGGUGUACGGAUGAGAAGUUGGGGCAAAUGGGUCUCCGAGAUCCGACAGCCUCGUAAGAAAACUCGUAUUUGGCUCGGCACUUUCGCCACCGCUGACAUGGCUGCUCGUGCUCACGACGUCGCUGCUCUCACCAUCAAAGGCUCCUCCGCCGUCAUUAAUUUCCCUGAGCUUGCUUCUCUCUUCCCUCGUCCGGCGUCGUCUUCGCCGCAUGAUAUCCAAGCAGCCGCCGCAGAAGCCGCCGCCAUGGUGGUCGAAGAAAAAAUGUCAGAUACAGAGGCGACGCCGGAGGAAGCACCGUCGUCGGAAUCUUCUUGCGUGGCGGCGGAGUCAGAGGAGGAGAGGUUGGAGGAGAUCGUGGAGCUGCCUAACAUUGAAGAAGAAGGGAGAUGUGACCAGAGCUUGACGUCACGUGAUGAUCUGGCUUAUUCUGAGCCGUUCGAUUGUUGGGUGUAUCCUCCGGCUAUGGAUUUUUAUGAAGAAAUAUCGGAGUUUAAUUUCGUGGAAUUAUGGAGCUUUAAUCAUUAAUUAAGUUAGUUAAUUAUAUUGCUGUCAUAGAUAACAUCUGUUUUUUUUUUGUACGGAUUGUUUGAUACGUAGUACUUGUAGUAAGUUGUAACAUAGGUUAGUUUUUUUUAUAAAAAAAAUUUGGUAAA